GCUCUUUUCUUCAACCUAUGAGAGCGGAAGCGCCUUUAACUUCAGCAGCUGUCAUGGCGUCCACGGCUGCGGCUCGAACAGCAGCUGGUGCUGCCAAAGUGGUGAAACCCAUUCUUAGUCGGGACUUGGACGAGGCGAAGCGCAGAGUUCGGGAGCUGUACCGGGCCUGGUACCGUGAGGUGCCUAAUACAGUGUCACUGUUUCAGCUGGACAUCACGACUCGCCAGGGCAGAGACAAAGUGCGGGAGAUGUUUGACAGAAACAAGCACGUCACGGACCCCCGCGUGAUCGACAUGCUGGUCAUUAAGGGUAAAAUGGAACUGCAAGAAACCAUCCACAUCUGGAAGCAGAAGACCCACGUGAUGCGUUAUUUCCACGAGAACGAAGAGCCUCGAGCGACAGACUUCCUGUCCAAAUUCUACAAAGGACACGACCCUUGAACUGUGUAGCAGACCCUCUGACCCAUCUUUGCUCGUUUCCAGUGUGAAAGAUGGUCCCCUUUAUUGUAAAUACACACUUUAACUCUCACAUGCUUCCACCUGUUUUGUUUCAGUCUCGAUGAAUCAUAUAAGAUCCAGUUAAAUUAAAACGCGAGUGUUGUUUU